CACUAAUUUCCCAGUCUGAGAAGCAGAGUCAGUCCAAGUUCAGAUAGGCGCAAAUUGCGGCGGCGUGUGGGAGAGAGAGGCACGCCCAUGUCGGACACGGUGCUGACGGACACGGUGGGCGAUGAGGCAGCGGCCAGGAACGGCGGGCCCAGGCGGUCUGCUGUGCCGCGCUACAGGCGCUUUGGAGGAGGGAGGGUCCUUGGGCUAGACGCUGGCCUUCGCAUCGCGGUGCUCGAUGAGCGAGGAGGAGCAGGCGAAACAGGCGGGCUGAACAUCACGCCUGGCGGAAGAAAGGCGACGCGGUACGUCGACGUACGCGCGUUGAGGGCUUCGGCGUCGAGGCGCAUCGUGGGCCGGAAAGGCGAGCCAGGGGGCGCAGGAGAGGACUUUGUCGCGGUGGGGAAGAGCAGGGCAGCGACACAGGCUGAAGAAGCGCUCUGGAUCGGGCAUCAGUUUGCAGGCACGGAGACCAAGGGUAACGGUAAGCGAAGCGACGACGACGAUGAGGUCGGAGAAGAGGAAGAAGAAGAGGAAGAAGAGGGGGAAUCGCCGACAGGUGCACUGCAGCGACGAAUAGCCCAGCUCGAUGCGAGGGCCCGAGCAGCGCCAGAAAGCGUAGACACCUGGCUGGACCUCGUCGAUGCGCAGGCCGAGCUCGUCGCGGCGCAGCAUGGCGAUGCAGGCCGGAGGAGCACGGUGGCCCAGGCACAGCGCGAUGUCCAGCUGGCCGUGAUCGAAAGAAGCAUGGCCGCGCACUCAGACAACCGGCGCUCAGUCAAGAUGGCCCUCAAGCGCCUCGACAUUGUCUCGCAGGGCCACGGCCACCACUGGCACCCAGGCGCCAUCGACGACGAGUGGCGCAGGAUUCUCCGCACGGCAGAGGAGGGUGAGCAAGACGAGGACAGGCCGGGCAAGCUCUUUGACCUUUGGACUCGCUACCUCGACUGGCGCUCCUCGGGUGGCCUCGAUGACUUUACCGUGUCCAAGAUGGAGGAGCUGCUGCAGUAUGCCCUGUCGAGGUUCCGCGCUCUCUACUUUCAAGGAUCGAGUACGAACACGCACAGAGAAGCGCUCGAACUGGCCAUGAUGCGCUUGAUCAAGCGAAGUGUGCUGCUGCUGCGGGAGGCAGGCCUCGUCGAGCGCGCCCACGGACUGCUUCAGGCUCUCUGCGAGCUCACUUUCAACCGACCCAGCAAGGCUCGCCGUCUGGACAGCGCAGAGGGUCUCGAGAGUGCGCUGUAUGCGCUCGCAGAGUUCUGGGACCUGGAGCUGGCGAGGGUGGGAGAAGAGGGAGCACGGAGAUGGGCCGCGUUUGCAGCAGACCCAGCCGGCACCGUUGAGCGCGAAAGUAAGCCCACGCCAUCAGACGGGACUUUGACUGGAGCCACGGGUGAAAUGCCCGUUGGGCUGAGCGACCCAGACGCAUUUACACGUUGGUCAUCGCUCGAAGCAGCACGCGCGCGCCUGAGAAAGAGGCAGCCAGCCAAGGCGACGAGGGACCAACCGGACUGGACGACGGGCGAGUCCGAGGUGGAUCCCUUCUCGUUUGUGCUUUUUGACGACGUGAGGGGGUACAUGGUGCCGCUCUCGACCAAGCGAGCCAAGCUGCUCCUCCUCGACGCCUUUCUCGCCCACCUCGGCUUUCCCGCCGGUCUGCUUUCAGAAGACCAAGAUGGAUACAAUGACGGCGACGAACAGGCCCACCUCGUCCAUCCCUCGAGCAGCACAGCAUUCUGGCCAGCAUGCCUCGAGUCCAGCCAGACCAUCGCGCGCUCAUGGGACAUUAUUGGUGGGGAGAUCAUGGAGCGCGAGAGGCAGUCGGGUCUCGCCAGGCCGUUUGAUAUGCCCGUAAGAUCGGCGUGGCCUGACUGCAUCGAGACGCUAUUUCCUCGGACCACAGCAGAUCCCGGCUGGUUCUCGAUGAUGGCAAGGGCAGAUGUUUCUUCUGACGACGAUGACGACAAGGCCCGAGCAGAGACUGCUAGACUGCUGCUGGAGCAGGUGCAGGAUGAGGACAUGGCGACUGAGAUCGGCCUCGCAAGAACGGCACUGGCAGCCGCGACACAGGGCCCAAAGGCCGCUUCAAGAGUGGCAAAGAAGCUCCUCGCAGCCUACCGAGACGACGUCGACCUCUGGAGAGGCUAUGCGCAGCUGCAGCGCAGCAGCGGCGACCUCGACAUGGCGCGCACCGUGUACCGGAGCGUGGUGCAGCAGUCGCCGCGCCAUUCGCAGCUGACUGCCGUCUGGGCAUCUUGGGCCGAGCUGGAGCUCUUUGACGCCGCGUCGAACGAUGGCUGCGUCGACGUCGUUGCCCUCGCCGUGCGAGCUUCGCUUGGCCAGACAGACGACGCACAGGUCACGCCGGUCAGCCCAGCUGACAAGCUCCGGGCUAGGCGUUUCUUCUUCUCAGAGACAAGGGCAGGUGGAAGAGAGCCAUCGACACACUCGACGAGGUGCGCGGCCAUGUUUGAGUAUGCGAGCCGGCCGCGCGACGAGGCGCUCAUGGCCGCUGCCGAUGUCAUCUCUGGCAGUCCCCAAGACGAGCGGCUGGCCAUGUUUCUCGCCCGGCUCGCCUGGCAUCACGUCCAUCAGCGCGGACGGCAAGGUGCCCCCUCCUUCUACCGCCCCGCCGAGGUCAGGAGCAUUCUCAAGCGCGCAGUCGAGCAGUACCCGAGCAACACGGCGCUGUGGAGCCUAUUUGGGGCCUUUGAGAUGCGCGCCAAGGUCCAGGGCGUCUUUCGCGCAGCCCUCGAAGAGGCGGACAGACGGCAAAGGGCAACUGUGACGGCGUCGCUGCUCCGCAUCUAUGCAGAGCUGCACAUGAAUGCACACCAGUGCAACGAAGGCGCAGUGAGGACACUUUUCGAGCGCGCGACCGAGCACGGCACGUCCGUCGUCCUCUGGCGGCUCUAUCUCGACUUCGAAGUGCGCGUCGCGGCGAGGGCGGCACCCGGCGCCCAUGCCAAGGCGGCCAUCAAGCGCGCGGGGCAAGUCCUGUACCGCGCGCUGGCCAAAUGCCCUUACUCUCGAGCGCUUUACCUCGCAGCAUUCAGGCCACCGCUCCGAGGAGCGAUGAGCAGCGACGAGCUGAGGACGCUGGCCCGCCUCAUGGAGGAGCGCCACGUCCGCUGCUAUUCCAGUCUCGACGCAUUUCUUGCAGGGUCCGCCGCCCCGGAAGACGAGGAAGAAGAAUAAACGACAAAGUCGGUCGGUCCUUCUGUCCGUCCGACCGGGCGCGUGCCGGCUCGAGGCCCCAUUUUCGUGCGAGAGAAUCCAAAAGAGGCGGGAAUCGCCGCGGGUUCCGGGGUGCACGCGCCUGUGACCAACCUAUACCCAUCCGUG